AAUGCAUGCAUGUAGCUGUUGAGUAAUACUUGGGAACAGUAUAAACACACUUUUAAAUUCUGACUCCACUACUGUUGACCACACAUAUAUAUAUACACACAUACAUAUAUACUAUAGUUAAUAAGCACCGAAAAGAUUAUAUUCUUUUUCAGCAAAGCAUAAGCAGAGCAAACCCCUUCCAUCCUUUUUUUUCUUCUCUACUACAAAAAGAAGACAACUUAGCUUACUACCUUCCCACCUCACUCUCUCACAAAAAAAAGAAACCCCCUUUUUUUUUAGCAAUCUGCCCCUUCAGUUUUUUUCUUUUUUUUGUCUCCACCAUGAUAAUCAAGCUGAUAAUCCUAUCAUCCGCAAUCCUAGUUCUAAUCCCACCCACAGUCUCCGGCGAAUCAUCAUCAUCAUGCACCUGCCCAGAAGAAAACGAAGAUCAAACGCAGAACUAUAGCGAGGCCCUCAAGUUCAAACUAGCAGCCAUCGCGUCCGUCCUCACCGCCGGCGGCAUUGGAGUCAGCAUCCCGCUUCUUGGCCGGAGAUUCCAGUUUCUCCGGCCGGAGAACGACGCCUUCUUCAUGAUCAAGGCUUUUGCUGCCGGGGUUAUAUUAGCGACCGGGUUUGUCCAUAUCCUCCCCGACGCGUACCGGACACUGACAUCUCCCUGCCUCAGCAAAAGCCCGUGGAGGGAAUUUCCCUUCACGGGCUUUUUUGCCAUGGUGGCCGCGAUCGGGACGCUGGCCGUGGACACCGUCGCGACCGCCUUCUACAAGAACAUGCACUUCAGCAAGUCGAAGCCGUUGAACUACGCGGUGGACGAAGAAGACCAACAACCACCUCACGAUGGUCAUGUGCACGUGCAUACGCAUGCCACACAUGGCCAUGCUCACGGAGCUGUCGUCCCGUCGCAUGAAAUCAACCUUUCAGACCUCGUCCGACAGCGCAUAAUAUCACAAGUUUUGGAGCUGGGAAUUGUGGUGCACUCGGUAAUAAUCGGAAUAUCUUUAGGAGCUUCUCAAAGCGUAGAUACAGUAAAACCAUUGAUGGCUGCUCUGUCUUUCCAUCAGUUCUUUGAAGGGAUGGGACUCGGUGGCUGCAUCUCCCAGGCGAAAUUCAAGUCUCUGACAACGACAGUUAUGAUGAUAUUUUUCUCGCUCACGACUCCGAUCGGGAUCGGAGUUGGCAUCGGGAUCUCGAGUGUUUACAAAGAGAAUAGCCCUAUAGCACUGAUAGUUGAAGGGAUAUUGAAUUCGGCUUCGUCCGGGAUAUUGAUUUACAUGUCACUCGUGGAUUUACUAGCGGCAGAUUUCACGAACCCUAGGAUGCAGAGCAACGUUAGACUUCAGUUGGGUGCACAUGUUUCACUACUUCUAGGUGCUGGCUGUAUGUCUCUCAUGGCCAAAUGGGCAUGAUUAAUUAGUUUACUUAAUUAAUUGAUUAAUUAAUUAAUUAAUUAAUCCCUACUACUAUUUCUAAGUACUCCUUUCUCUAUUUGUAGCUUCAUUCAUUCAAGAAUGUGGGAUCUAAUUUACUAGUGUUGAUUUUUGUUGUAUUAUGUUUUCUUUCGGUGGGAAAAAAAGACUUGAAAAUGUGCGUCGAUUAUAUAAUCCUCAACUGGGUACGGAAUUGUAUUGGAAACGAAAUAUAUUCUCGAACUUUA